CACCAUUUCUCUAAAGGAGGAGGAGGAGGAGAAGAAGAGGAAGAAGAGAUCGGAGCAAUCGUAAUGGAGACGAUGAUAAGAAGAAAGCUCUCCAAAUCCGUCGUCCUUCUCCUCCUUGCUGCCUUCCUCUUCGGCUUUGUAUCAGCCGGCGACAUGGGCGGACACAGCCUAGGGUGGAUUCCGGGGCGAUCGACUUGCCAAGGAACAAUCGCGGAGUGCAUCGGAGGCGACGAGUUCGAUUUAGCAACGGAAUCCAGCCGCAGAAUAUUGGCGACUUCUGGCUACAUCAGCUACGACGCGUUGAAACGUGGAAGCGUGCCUUGCAAUCGCCCCGGCGCCUCAUACUACAACUGCCGCCCUGGCGCGGAGGCGAAUCCCUACCACCGUGGAUGCUCAGCGAUUACUCAAUGCCGGGGCUAAAUUCCAUCUUCCAUUCUUCCAUUUCAUGUCCUAUUUCGAUUUCUUUAACUGUUUUAAACUAUUGAUUUGGUUACUGCUGUGUGCCCUGGCUUGAAAUUUGAUGUAAUUUUUUGUUUUGUUGUUGCUAUUGUUAUCAUACAUAAGAAAAGUUAAUGAUCGUGAUGGGUUGUUAAAUGGAUUUGCGCAGGUAUUUCUAAAUUUGUAUCUGUUUGCUUGAAA